AUGCUGCUGUGGGCCCCGCAGGCGCUGCUUGCCCUGCUUCUGCCCGGGCUCCUGACUCAGGGAGAAGGUAAGGCGGCCCAUAACACCUCCAGGCCCGCUCUGUGGCGGCUGUCGGAUCACCUCCUGACCAACUACAAGAAGGGCGUGCGGCCCGUGCGGGACUGGAGGAGGCCAACCACCGUCUCCAUCGACGUCAUUGUCUAUGCCAUCCUCAACGUGGACGAGAAGAACCAGGUCCUGACCACCUACAUCUGGUACCGGCAGUACUGGACUGACGAGUUUCUCCAGUGGAACCCCGAGGACUUCGACAACAUCACCAAGCUGUCCAUCCCCACGGACAGCAUUUGGGUCCCGGACAUUCUCAUCAACGAGUUCGUGGACGUGGGGAAGUCUCCAGAUAUCCCGUACGUGUAUGUCCGGCAUCAUGGCGAGGUCCAGAACUACAAGCCCCUCCAGGUGGUGACUGCCUGCAGCCUCGACAUCUAUAACUUCCCCUUCGAUGUGCAGAACUGCUCGCUGACCUUCACCAGCUGGCUGCACACCAUCCAGGACAUCAACAUCUCCCUUUGGCGCCUGCCAGAAAAGGUGAAGGUCGACAAGAGCGUCUUCAUGAACCAGGGCGAGUGGGAGCUUCUGGGGGUGCUGACCCAGUUUCGGGAGUUCAGCAUGGAAAGCAGCAGCUGUUAUGCAGAAAUGAAGUUCUACGUGGUCAUCCGCCGGCGGCCCCUGUUCUAUGCGGUCAACCUGCUGCUGCCCAGUAUCUUCCUCAUGGUCAUGGACAUUGUGGGCUUUUACCUGCCCCCAGAGAGUGGUGAGAGGGUCUCCUUCAAGAUCACACUCCUUCUGGGCUACUCUGUCUUCCUGAUCAUUGUGUCCGACACGCUGCCAGCCACCGCCAUCGGCACUCCCCUCAUUGGUAAGGCCUGCUUCUGGGGAAGAGCUCGGUGUGGCCAAGGAAGCCAGGAGUGGACCCUCCCACCUCCUGUGUGUCUCCCUCCUUCCCCCUUCCCGGGGUGCACAGGUGUCUACUUUGUCGUGUGCAUGGCUCUGCUGGUGAUCAGCUUGGCCGAGACUAUCCUCAUCGUGCGGCUGGUGCACAAGCAAGACCUGCAGCAGCCCGUGCCUGCCUGGCUGCGGCGCCUGGUUCUCGAGCGAAUCGCCCUGCUGCUUUGCCUCGGGGAGCAGCCAACUUCCCAUCGGUGCCCAGCUGCACCCCAAACCAGCAAGACUGAUGACUGCCCAGACAUGGGGAAUCACUGCGGCCAUGUGGGAGGACCCAGGGACUUGGACAAGAUCCCGAGGGGCAAAGACAGCCCGCCCCCACCGCCGCGGGAGGCCUCCCUGGCCGUGCGUGGGCUGCUGCAGGAGCUGGCCUCCAUCCGGCACUUCCUGGAGAAGCGGGAGGAGAGCCGAGAGGUGGCCCGGGACUGGCUGCGCGUGGGCUCCGUGCUGGACAGGCUGCUGUUCCGCAUCUACCUGCUGGCGGUGCUGGCCUACAGUCUCACCCUGGUCACGCUCUGGUCCAUCUGGCAGUAUUCCUGA